UAUAUAUAUUAAUAAAAAGAGAGAGGAAGAGAGAGAGAGAGAGAGAGAGGGGUUAUAGACAAGACAGGAUAGAUUAAAUAGAUACGUACGAGAUAACUUCGAGGAAGCUGCUCAACGAAAAAAACAAAAUAAGAAAAACAAAAGAGAAGAAAAAGAAAGGAACAGUGUGUGUGAGAGAGAAAGAUAGACACGGACAUAGAUAAAGAUAGAUAGAUAGAUAGUAGAUAAAUAGUUAGAGAGAGAGAGAGAGAGAAAGAGAGAGAGAGAGAGAGAAGGAGAGGGAAGGAACUGGCAGCAAAUCGAAAUUUCCUCGCUCUCUCGCUUCCACCUUUGGUACCGAGGGCAUACCACGUGACCAUUCGCGAACGGUAUCGAAGUGAAUCUCGUUACGGAGUGCGGAGACACGCUGCGGAGAAUUAGUCGAGUGCGAGAGAGAUCGAUUACGUUCAUAACCUCGAACCUUCGUCGUUUACGCCCUUCGUCGUCGUCUUUUUAUUCCUUAUUACUUAUUCUUUCGUAUUAUUUUUAUAUAUACAUAUAUAUAUAUAUACAUACAUACACACAUAUAUAUAUAUAUAUAUAUAUAUAUACAUAUAUUUUAUUUUCGGCCGGUUAUUAACGCCGGUGAAUUAAGCAUUGCAAAGAGUGUUUGUGUAAAUUCACGUAGUAAUAUAAAAAAAAUGAACUCGACGAAGGUGUCGUCGUCAUCGUCGUUGUCGUCAUCAUUGACGUCGACUACGACGUCGUCGUCGUCGUCGUCGUGUAACAGCAUGAACGAUCAAAAGAAGAAGAAAAAGGAGAAGAAGAUUGAAGAAGAGGAGAAGGAAUCGUUAUCAUCAUCAUCAACCUUGUCAUCAUCGUCGUCAUCUUCUUCUUCGAUGUCGGGAAUCAAGGAAGAAGAAAUAAGGAAGCUCGAGAUCGUCACAGAAAAGGGAGGAGAAAUAGACGAAAAGAUGGAAUCGACGAAGAAAGGAGAAGAAGCUAAUCGAUGCAUUGAACGCGUUCAGAUCGUGCCAUUUAUGCAGUGUGGCUCCCUGGACAUCGGCGAAGAACGCCAGCGUCGGGUCGCUAUGAUGGAGUCCCUCUGUCAGGUUAAUAACAAGACCAACAAUGGCAAUGAUUCGAACAAGGAGAACAACAAUAAUAAUGUUAAUCAUCAUCAACAAAAUAACAACAACAACAACAAUAAUACGAUAACAAACAAUAACAAUAAGAAUAGCGGCAACAAUAAUAACAACAGCAAUUCAGAUUGUCCGGAUCCUCAGCAAAGGCUGGCAGUGUUGAGCUUCGAACAGGUGCGCCGAUUGAACGACGUUAUGGACGAAGUUGUCAGCAUUCACGGUAGGGGAAACUUUCCUACGUUGGAAGUUAGACUGAGAGAUCUCGUGACGGUGGUUCGUAGCAAGCUAGAAGGUGAUCCGAGCAAUGGAGGUGCCGGUAUGAGGGUAAGGGACAUCAGGCUUAACGGUGGCGCCGCAUCUCACGUAUUGGCGACCGAGUCACAGCCUUACAACGAUCUCGACCUAAUAUUCGCGGUGGAAUUAUCGAGCGGCCGAAAUUACGACAAGGUUAAGGCCGCCGUUUUGGGUUCUCUAUUUGAUCUUUUACCGGAGGGCGUUAGUCGCAAACGCAUAACAACGUGCAGCUUGAAGGAGGCAUACGUUAGUAAAAUGGUAAAGGUGAACAACGACGGUGACCGAUGGUCCCUUAUAUCGCUCGGGAAUUCACGGGGUCAUAGGAACGUCGAGUUAAAGUUCGUCGACUCUAUGAGACGACAAUUCGAGUUCUCCGUUGAUAGUUUUCAAAUAGUACUUGAUUCGCUCUUAUUAUUUUACGAGUGCAGCAAACUACCGAUUGGCGAGAACUUUUAUCCAACGGUCGUGGGCGAAUCGGUAUAUGGUGAUUUCCAAGAGGCACUUUACCAUCUUCACAAGAAAUUAAUAUCGACGAGGCAUCCCGAGGAGAUACGGGGCGGUGGCCUUUUGAAAUAUUGCAAUCUCUUGGUCAAGAUGUACAAACCUUCUCAACCGGAUUACAUAAAGACCUUAGAGCGAUACAUGUGCUCGAGAUUCUUCAUCGAUUUCCCCGACAUAAGUCAACAACGGGCGAAACUCGAGAAUUAUUUGUGGAAUCAUUUCGUUGGGCCCGAAGAGGAGGCCCUAAAAUACCAGUACCUGAUGCUAUUGCACAGCGUCGUCGAGGAGUCGACGGUUUGCCUGAUGGGUCACGAACGGCGACAGACUCUUGCAUUGAUCGAAAGUCUCGCAUGUCAGGUACUUUAUCAGGAACAACAGCAACGGCUAACAAAUCAUCAACAAGCACCACCGGGACCACCGGCGACCUAUGUCUAUGCUAACGGCUAUUAUUACGCACCCGUGAUACCUGCCGCGUGUUACACGUGCACCUGCAACUCUUGGAUGGCGUGCUCGUCGUGAUGCGACCCCGCCUUCGUUUUAACCAUCGCCGUCGCCAUUUUUUUCUUAUACCAUACCAACCCCAUCCUCGUUAUCAUCAUAAACGGGUGGUUGAUACCUCGUAAAUGGACUUCUUUAUUGUGUUACCGUGGCUCGUGUGGAAAACGAUGGGACGAAGUGAACGAAAGGAGAUCGAUCGACCACAUAUUAUUCGAUCGACCACAACAACAACAUCAACAACAACAACAACAACUACUACUACUACUAUUACUAUUACUAUUACUACUAUUACUACUACUACUAUUACUACUAUUACUACUACUAUUAUUACUACUACUAUUACUACUACUAUUAUCACUACUACACGUCGGGGUUGGUAAAUCCUCGACGGCGGCGACGGCAACAACAAUAAAAACAACAAUAACAACAACAACAACAACAACAACAACAACAUCAGCAGCAGCAGCAGCAGCAGCAACAACAGCGGCAGCAGUAGCAGCAGCAGCAGCACCAGCGACGACAGUAAUAGCGGCUAUGGCGUCGACGCGACGAUGACGUCAAUGUUCGAGAGGUGGACGUAGACGAUAAGGAAGGGCUAGUACCAGUUCUUGUUUGGUGGAUCGCUUUGGAGGCGAUCCGCCAAAUAAAAUAAAAUAAAAAAAAA